AUGUCUCGUCACUCCUCACAUUCACAGACAAGUGGACAAGGAACCCCACACUCCUCCAACUGCGCCCUUGCUGCUGCUACUCGACACGCCUCCUCGCGGCGGUUCCAGCGGCCAACGUCAACCACGCGAGAGCUUUCGGCCGCCCUCAUCAUCAUGUUCGACUUUGACAAGGCGUCUCUGCCUCACAUCGUCACCCGCAAAGCGUUGAUCUUGGUAGACUUUCAAAACGACUUCUUGGAGGACAAUGGGGCGCUACCGUCGAUAGAUUCCGAAGGCCUCGUCGAUCGCACUGUGCAGCUGGUCAACGGCUUUCGGGGAUACGGCGAUGUGGUUUGGGUUCAGUCGCAGUUCAAGGAACCCGUGCUUGACACGGAAUCCAUCGUCAUCUCCGACACUCCUCGACCGAGCAGGCACCGUAAAGGCUCAGGAUGGACGCCCGACUCUCUUCGACCAGCGGACCCGGAUGAGCCGCCGGAUCCGGAGGCUUUUCUGAGCCAGGCGGAAGCCACGUGUGUCAAGAAAGAUUCAUGGGGAGCAAAGCCGGCGCCAGCCGUGGAAGCCGUUAUGAAGAAAGGAGAUGCCGUCAUCACCAAAACGCAGUACUCGGGCUUCAAUGGCACCCAUCUCCUUCGCUCGCUGCGUGCGAAAAUGGUCAUGGACGUCUUCAUUUGCGGUUCCAUGGCCAACGUAGGAGUCUACGCCACCGCCAUCGAUGCUGCCGGUCACGGAUUGGCCAUCACCGUGGUCGAGGACUGUUGCGGCCACCGAAGCGAACAGCGACAGCUGUCGGCCGUGAGGAAUCUGAUUGAGUUCGUGGGUUGCGAAAUCGCUUCGGCCGACGAGGUGAUUGAAAGCCUGCAGCCUAGCCCUAUCGCUACCCCGCGAACACCAAUCGGCGAGGUUCAGCUAAACGUUGUGACCUCGCCGUCGAGAGCCAGUGCAGAUCAACGCCAGGCCUUGGAGAUUCCCGCAGAUGUAGUCAGGUCUUUGGCGGGUUUGCGAUUGGGGGCGGCCGGGACGCAACCUGCGACAGGGGCAGGGGCAGGGACAGGGACCGGGACCGGGACAGGGUCAAGGAACAGCGUAGCAGCUACCCAAGCCUCCCAGGCCGACUCGCGGGAACACUCACAAACGAUGGCAAAAGCCAAGAACGAGACAGCAGCUGGACUCGAGCGGCUGGAAAACCAACAGCAGCUACAGCGCCUGGUUGCAGCUGGUCAAGAUGCUCCUUCCCGAACUGCAAGUGCCGCCAACAACAAAAAAAGCACCGCGAAGCAGCGACAGCCCCCAACUCCCACCACGACUGUGACGACGACGACGAGGACGCCGACACCCCACUCCCACUGUCUCUCGUCGGAUACAACAGCAGCAACCGCAAUGGCUGAAGCCUCUCAAUCCUCAGAGCAGCCUCGGGCACACCCAGAAACAGAUGCCGACAGUUUUCUGGAAGUUUUCCUGCAAAAGGGACUCUGCGAAGGGGAUACUGACAUAAUCAGAAAUGCCUUGCCGGAACGCCUGGCGAAGCAAGCCUUUGACAAGCUGCGAAAUGAGGUGCGAUGGCAGCGCAUGCUCCACCAAGGCGGCGAGGUCCCGCGCCUGGUGGCAGUUCAGGGCCAUGUUGCAGAGGACGGGAGCAUGCCAGUCUACCGCCACCCAUCGGAUGAAUCACCACCACUGCUUCCCUUUUCCCCGACAAUCUUGGCCAUCAAGGCGGAAACGGAAAAGCACCUUGGCCACCCUUUGAACCACGUCUUGAUCCAGUUCUACCGCGAUGGCAGCGACUACAUAUCCGAGCACAGCGACAAGACCAUGGAUGUCGUCAAGGGCUCCUUCAUUGCAAACGUCAGCCUGGGAGCCGAGCGCACCAUGGUGUUCAGGACCAAGAGGCUGGCCAAGGACCCGUCUCGCGCCGAAUCCUCGUCGCCUUUGGACGACGCCAAGCGCCAGAUCCACCGUGCCCAGCUGCCGCACAAUUCCCUGUGCCGCAUGGGCUUGCGGACAAACAUGAAGUGGCUGCAUUCUAUCCGCCAGGACAAGCGGGCCGAGCGGGAAAAAUCACCAGCCGAGCUGGCUUUCGGCGGCGGCAGAAUAUCUCUCACGUUUCGACGAAUCGGCACCUUCUUGGAUCGCGAUGAAGCCGCCAUCUGGGGGCAAGGCGCCGUCGGCAAGACCCGCGACGCCGCCAGGCCCGUGGUGAACGGGCUCUCUUCCGAAGCGGUGGAGAUGGUCAAGGCUUUCGGGGCAGAAAACAACUCCUCGGAUUUCGACUGGGACACACACUACGGCCGGGGUUUUGAUGUGCUGCAUUUCAGCAACACACCGCGCCUCUUGUCGUCCGCCGACCCGGUCACCAAUAUGCGCCUUGGCCUCAUGCUGGCCGAGCACGGCGUCAGCUACGCUAAAGGCAGCCUGGCGCCGUCACCCCCCGACGCCAACAACGGCCAUGGCUCAUCACCCAGCACCGACGCCCCGGCCGUUCGAUUCGUAGACAACGACGAGGACAAGUCAGCUGUCGACGGAGACGUGGCCAUUACGCUGUACCUCGACGCCGUCCAUGACCGAGCCGAGGCCAGCCCGGCCGACCUGGCCGUUCGCUUCUCGCGGUUCCAGCAGGCCCUCAAGCUCGCAGACCUGUGGAGGCAGCAGGACCCGGCUGCGAAGCUCGGCCAAGCGCUGCUGCGAGAACUGGCCCUCUGGGAUCUCUACGCAGCGCAGGCCGGCGAGGCGACCCCGUUCCUGGGCAAGUCCGGCUCGCCGUCCAUGGUGGACUUUACCGUCUGGCCCGUCCUGCAUGCCCUGGCGAAGCGAGAGAUGAAAACGCUGGCAAGGCACGGCAGUUUGCGCAAAUACUACGAAAGCUUUGCGACGCGGGAAAGCGUAAGGAAGGUCCUCGGCAAGAAUGGCACCGGGUCGGCUUAG